AUGAGCCCGACAGCCGCCCUGCUCGCGAUACUGGCCGGUGCAACUUUCACCAUGGCCCAAACUAGAGACUAUAGGCUCGAAAACCUAGAUCUUUUGGGUCUUCUCGCUGAAAAACCAUGGAUUGGACACAGCCGUUGGGAUAGAGGGUCUCGUAUUGAAGAAGAUAUGGACAGUGUUUACCCGAGGACUAACCCGCCCAGACAAGACGAUGGACCGAGGAUCUAUGAUGAUGACAUUUUAAGGGAGUCUGACAAGCGGUCGGCAGUGGCAACGGUGUUGAACGGUCGGCGUCGCCGGCAGCCCGCACCCGCGCUCGGAGUGCUCAAUGACGUCGGUUCCUUCUUCGACUCUCUACGAGAUAACUUGGAAACACUCGCAUCUCUCUCUCCGCAGCAAAGAUCUCAGUUGUUCCUCGAACCACCCACAGUAGUACAUGCUUCGUCAUCUGGAGGCGGCGGCGGCAGUAGCGGCAUUCGAAGGCUCCAUGCGCUUCGCCCGCUCAGACCCACUGGAAACAUCAGAUCUUACAACCGUAGAUCGGAUGUGGAGGCGUACGCGUACCCGGCAGCCAACCACCACGACCCCGGCCUAUUGUGGACCGGCCUCGGGCGG